ACAAAACCUCAUUUCUCAUCGGCGAAUGACUGUCGAUGGAUAGGCGGCAAUCAGCUCUUUGUUUGCCGCGGAGGGGUUGCAAUCUCAACCGAGUGUUUGUGGCGAAGUGGCCCCUCUUCUGGUCGCGGCCGUCACAAACGCAGCUCGGUUCGAGUGGACGGGGCCAUGACUUAUGCGCUUGCAAGGACAGUGGCAAAUGUGGGAAACACAGCCCUUCUUCUUCUUACAAUUUAUAUCUUGCAUCUCGCACAACUGCAACACCGUGCCAUCGGGCCGUUUGAUGUUGUCGAAGACGCAGAGGUCAUUGUGUUCGAUGUCCGUAUGAGGCUAGGGCCGUCUGAGAGCUUCAGUUCCUCCCCGUUUUUGAAGUCGGCAAGGACAGGGGUAGAUGGUUUAAGCUUCGACUGCAGCCACAAGCUUUUCAAACUCCUCCCACCCACCAUGUCCAAGGGAACCAUCAUGUCGGGGCUCUCGCAGCCCUGUCUGUUCCAGUAGUGAGAGGGGUUCCCACUCCUCUACGGCCGGGGACCCAGGCGCAUCAGGUACUUCCAUCCCUUCAGGCCAUCGACCUGCUCACAUCCUCUGGAAAAGCUAGAGGGCACUCUACCCCCGGGACACUCGAGAUGCUUUUACUUGCUU